CCAUCAGUGAUCCCGUCCCGUGUCUUGUAGUAUCGAUGAACUCGAAGCAAACGGCCCGUCAUUUCAAGGGACUGCCCAACUACCGACGGUUCUACAAUGGGGAGGUCAGGCGGUUUUUCGGAGAUGAUACGGUGGACUUGGCCCCCUCCGUCGUUUCACAGAGUGCAGACGAGACGUACCAACACCGCCAAUCCAUGAGAGCCAUCAAAGGCCAUGGGGAUGAGAAUAGCGGGGUUGAAGAGGAGGAAGAGGAGGAAGAAGAAGAGGAGGAAGAGGAAGAGGAAGUCAAAAAGGAAUUUGGAAACAUGCCCAUGGUGGAGAAGGGAACUCAAUGGAGUGCCAGGGAGAAGGAAAAGUUCUUCCAGUUGUUGGGGAGACAUUCCAUCCAUCGGGCCGAUCUCAUAGCGGCGCAAUUGGACCACAAGUCCGAGCUAGAGGUGUGCAACUACUACCAGCUCCUCAAGGGUGAGCUCACGAGGCUCCGCCAGCACAAGGUCGGGUCGUCCAAAGUUUGCAAGAUCAAGGUGCGAAUGAACCGACAUCAACAACCGUUUGAGCACAACUAUCGGGUCCAGAAACGGUACAAGUUGCUCUCGAUGCGGGACUUCCCCAUUGCCUACGAGAUGAGCGAGCGGUUCGUCCGUAUGGAAGAGAUCCAGGCGGAAUUGUUGGCAGACAGGGAGAGGAUUCUCAACAACAACGAGAACCAAAAGUUCCGAACGGAGUUGAAGGAGUACGUUGCCGAGACAGAGUCGAGUCUUAUAGACACCACGCGAGCAGCUCGGCUAACCAAGCAGGUCGCCGGCGACACUGACUUGGUGGAGCUCUGGAGUCUGAGGCUUAUGCCAAAGCUUCAUUUCAAGUCCAUCACUCUUUUAGAGCAACUUGUAGGGCUUGAGACUAGACGAAUUGUACUCCGGAUGAUGGAAGAGCGGCUCUCUAGAGCAUGGUUAAACCAGAAGGAUGUUCCUGAGGUGGUUUUCACUAGAAAUGAUGUCAUGCGGGCGGUAGGAUGGGAAGAGACACCACCUCCUGAUAUCUCCUCAUCAGAUAAAGAAACGACAGAGGCAUCGACACUGGAACAAGCUGAGCUCACCUCCAUACAGUCACGCUUACCACCGGUCAACAGUCUAGUGCCCAUGUCAUCGGACGAGGAAGAGUUUUACUCAUGUGACGAGACGCUUGACGAGACUAUCCAUGACAUUGGAUCAAUGACAAGCAACACGCCGCCCAUUCUCCACGUGUCACAGCUCCCCCAUAGCCAGCCCACGCUUGAGCCGGAGUUGGAAACCACCAUCAGCAGACUUGUCACCGAGGCUCUCCAUAAGGAAGAGACCAGACGUCUUGAGAAGCAAGAUAUCCAGGAGUCCCGCAAUUAUGAACACGUGCUCCUUACGGCGCUUAGCACUUACAACGAGGAGGAUCCACAAGUGGAAGCCUCCAUGUAUGACAUCGACACGGCGUUCCUGAUGAUCGAAAAUGAAAAUUUUGAUGGUGAUCAAGAAGAAGACGAAGAGAGCGACGAUGAGCCAGAUGUAGAGAUCAAAGAUGUCAUGCUAGACCAGUUCAUGUAUAGUUACGCAAGGUAUUAGUACCACUCAGUUCUCCGAGCAGGGGACAGCGGAACGUCAAGGGGCCCCGCAGGGAUAAGGGUAGCUCCCACCCUACGGGGUUUACAAGCCGCUUCGCUGGCACUCCGUGGGCCACUAGCCGUGGUGGCCUUCUUCCUCUAACGAGGAAGGGAUGAAGGGACUCCUCGUAGAGGAGCUAGGCACCACGCAGUGGCUCUCCCCGAGUAGGGGCCAGCGGAGCGGCUGGUAGACCCCGUAGCGAAGGGGGUAAGGAGGGCAGCCCUACGGGGUAUGUAAGCCGCUCUGCUGGCACUCCGUGGGCCACUAGCCGUGGUGGCCGUCUUCCUCUAGCGAGGAAUACCUGGUUGCUAGGUACGAGGGGUCAGGCACCACGCAGUGACUCUAGCAUCACCGUGCCCCGCGGUGAUGUCGAUAGGAUCGACCCCCUCAGACACUGCUCCGCAAGUAGAGUACCCCCAGCGGACCACCUUGUUCUUCUCUACGACAUGCCCCCUGGCCUAGUGAGCCGGUAUACCUCCAGAAAUGGGUGACCCACUGUUACUACAUAGAUCGACAAUAUACAUUUUCUAUUAGGA